AUGGCCGACGCUUCAAUCAAAGGGAACCUUCCCAAGAGACGCAAAAUCCAAGAACCGAGCCAGGUCAGGGCAUCCGUUUAUGGAGCCACGCCAAUUCCAUGUGCUCAACACACAGGCAGUCCUCAUACCCUGAAGAAAGCCUCUGCUCGCUCUCCAGAGAAACUCGCUUCGUCUUUCAGGUCUCAAUCUCAUACACAAAAUACCACCCCCCGCGAUCAUCCGUCUAAGGCGUGGAGACCUCAUCCCUCCCAAAUCAAGAAGACGACAAGAUCCUUUUCGUCAGACCCGCUUCAUUGCGUGAUGAAAUUCACCCAGGCCCCCAUCUCCCAUUUUCAUAGUCCAGGCAAGAGAUUUGCCAGUGUUGGGACUUUGACGAACACAUUGGCAUCUCAAGCUGGCUCCUACCCGAUGGUUGCUCCCCCUCUGAAGAUGCCCGCUUCGAGCAGUGGGUUCUCGAGCAACGAUUUCACUGAGCCUUGUUUGUCAGACUCAUCAUCUGGGAAUGAGCUCAUCACAAUGAAAUCCGAUGAGUCUCUUCCAAUCAUGGAGACCUGUUGGCUUUCCGGCCUUCCUUCUUUCUACGGCUGCUCAACGGGGAGCUCCCCGUCUUCCACCUCUUCAUUUGACAUGAUGGACGUCCCUGCAGAGGAUCCCAUGCUAUUGGAACAGUCCCUGAGAGAAUGGGCCGUUGUUGACUAUCCGGCCAUCGACACCCUAAUAUCCCGGAUACACGGCUCGCCGGACAGGUUUACCACGAGUCUAUGUUACGGGAAAGAGCCCAUUGAUGAACUUGCCCAGUGUCCAACGGAUGUCACAAACAUGGACUGGAAUCCAAGCUGCCAAUCAGAAGAUUUACUGACCCAAGGCCAGGGAGGCUUCUUGCCAUACAAUACUGCAUGGCCAUUUAUGAACGGCAAUGGAAGCGACUACUCUCUCAUCCAACCAUUCACAUCAUUCGGCAGCUCUGCCCAGAACUUGCUAGGAUCCCACACCUCCAGCAACAAUGGCAUUUCCCCUCCCCAUCAACCAAUAUCAGAGGAUGAUGGUGAUUCUGCCUUCAUGGAACUGGCUCAACCCUCCCGAAAUUCACAUCUCCGUUCUCAACUGCCUUCAUCGGCGACAACAGCCCACAGUAGACACGAUUCCGAAGUGACACUGUCGGAAAAACAAGAGACUCUCUUCCUCCAGACGUCCGAGCCAUUUCAACCGGAAGACUCGGUUCCUGGCGCCAGCGCUAGCAUCCAUUACACUGACACGCGCAACGCCAUGCUCAUUGAGUGGAAAAAGGCCGGUCUUUCCUACAAGGACAUCAAACGCAUCGGCGGUUUCAAAGAAGCCGAAUCCACCCUUCGCGGCCGCUUCCGAACCCUGACCAAAGCCAAAGAGCAGCGUGUACGAAAGCCAAAGUGGCUGAAACGCGACGUGAGUGUGCCCACUUUAUGCCAACCUUUUACCAUCUCUGGCAACACAUCAAGUCAAUCUCGUGAGAGUUUCCAAACAUUGUACUGA